AGACCUGCUCGACAAAUGAAGAUGAUGUCUGUCGGUGACCGGAUCGCAAGCGUCUUGGCAAAUGACAGAUUCCGUGAAUUGAUGAAGUACAGACACAAUUACCAAUAUGAAGACGGUGUGUACAAAGAUUAUUUCGAUGGAGAAGAAUACCGGUCGCUUAAGACAAAUACAAACUUUUUUUCUUCAGAAGACGAUGUUGCAUUAGCACUUUUUUCGACUGGUUCCAGCCUGGUAAAGCAAAGACAGGCGACAAACUUUCGAUGGUGUAUUAAAACCUGUCCAACACUAUCUGACCCAUGUGCCAAUGAUGGCUGA